AGACCCAACGCCUUGGUGUUACCGAGGAAGACCGAACGCGUCGACGUCUAUACCGGAGGUUGCUAGGUCUGGUGGAUGCCUUAUCCACAACAGCCAAAACCUGGCCAGAGGUCGAUGGGGGAGCGGCCUCGGGACUGGAGCAAUGGGUGAAGGACAUGACUCAAUCUAUUAUGGAGAUCAUCUGGGAAGCUGAGGAGGGUCCAGACCCGCGUUUGGACACUCUCAUCAAAUGGGGGCAAGUCGACAUUUUGAUGGAGAGAUACUAUGAGCUUUUCGACGAGGCUCAAGUCCAGCGAACUGCGUUGGAGAAGCGUGCACAAGAGGGGCGCGUUGAGUAUGAUGACAAGGGUCCACGUCAGACUGCGACGGCUGCGACAACGAUUAUAACAACGUCGGCUAUUGAUAAGGCGAUGAUUACAUCAGCAUCUAAGGCACUCACGACGAUAUCAUCAGCAACAUCGAUCAGACCGAUAGAGCCCGUGAUUACGACACUGACAUCUGCACACGACAUCAAUUUCAACAAUAACGACUACACCGACUACAACAGCACUGUGCACGACGGUGGUAUGGAAGGUGAGAUCUUGAGGUCAUGCGGGCUUGGGAGCGAUAGCAACUACAUCAUCACCAAUGAAGACAUCGAUACUGCCAGGGGAAACGACAAUAACAUAACAAUGAUAACAACAACAUCGAUGCUGUGGUAAGUGCGACAGGCUAUUCUCUUUCCCACCCCCUGCCUCCCCUCUUGUCUUCCUUCUUGGAGUGGGGAGAGGGCCGUGGGGAUAGGUUGAUUGGUAAACUGGGAGGGGGUGUGCGGGGACAACGACUGGGCAACAAAAUCCAUGCUGUGGU